UUUCUUAGGUGCGGAGCAGCGUAGCUCAGCAUCAGUCCAGUCUCCGACUUCUCAGGUGAAGAUGAGGCUCCUGUUUCAGAUGUCGUGUUUAUUAUUUUUAUGCCUCGACAGUUUGACCAAUGCGAACUCGACAUUACCGAGGAUGAUUUUCACGGACCAAGAAGCUGCGGUUAAAAGGUUACCUGUACCUGGACACCAUGCACCCGUGCGGAUUCUCCUGAAAGGACAGUCGGACUCGGUCACUGCUGCAGGAACGACACACCUGUACACAUACAACUUUCAACACCCUCAGACGGCUCCUGUGGAACGGAAGGUGUCGUGGAAGGAAUGCAUGGACAGUACUCCACAAGAGGAUUGUAGCUAUAACAUCACCGUGGUCCACGAGAGGGAGGCCAACCAGGAGGCGUUUGUGUGUGGCACCAACGGCAGAGAAACGCUUUGCUGCACCAUGAAUAUGUCAGCGCGGUCACCCACGUGCAGCACUUCAGAUAAAAUGCGGAACAUAGAAGAAAGCAUUAGGGCAUUUAUCAUAAAAGAAGGUGAACCAUCUGCACUCAUGGAAUCAGCAGAAAGUGCAGACCUCUACAUUACACACUCUGGAUCUCAGGAGUAUGUUGGCAUCCACAAGUUUGGAAAACACAGAGUCGGACCAGCGCCCACUGGCAAAGAGCAACACUUUGUGGGUUUGAUGCUGAGCAGACGGAGAGACGAUUCCUUACAGGACAGGGUGUAUGCUUUCUAUAAGGAGAAGAACAGUGCCAAAGACAUGGACGAUGACAUGUGGCUCCCUUUUGUGACCCAGGCUUGCAUGGCAGAUAUUGGCGGGCCCAAGAACAUUCUGCAGUUAAGGUGGACGUCCCAGAUGAACGCCAGGCUCUUCUGUGGAGACCCCGACGCCGGACAGCAAUUCUCUGAGCUGGUGGACGUGUCCGUGGUGCACGCCGACCAGUGGCAGGAUACCAGGGUUUAUGGUCUCUUCAGAAAUGAAUGGGGCAUGAGUGCUGUGUGUGUCUACACCAUACACGAUAUCGACGACAUCUUCACCACUUCCCCAUUCAAGGGCGUCAACCCUAAGGACAAGCCUAGGAGGUGUGUCAAAGACAGCACAAAGAUUUCUCCCGAGAUCCUGAGGAAUGAGAAGACGUCGGAGAUGCAGCACUGGGUCCAACCCGUGAACAAGUCUGGCCCACUUCUUUUUAACCACCACAACUACACACACAUCUACGCCGACGGCUCCCUGAACAAGAGGGCCGAUCCCCUCACGGUGCUGUUUCUGUCGCUAGAUAAUGGAGGCAUUCAUAAACUGAUACAGACCAAAAGUCAGACCUUUUUCAUCGCUGAGUACCGCCCCUUCAACCACAGAGCCCACGUCCUCAGCGUCAUCCUCCAUCCCUCGAGGAAGCUGUAUUUGACCACCAGAAGUGAACUGGUCCAGCUGGAUGAAGAAAACUGUGCCAAAUAUGGAGACAGCUGCGAGGAGUGCGUCUUAGCCAGAGAUCCUUACUGCGGCUGGAACGGCUCCCACUGUUCCCCGGCGACGCGGGACACACUGCAGAAUGUGGCCACAGCGAACCACACGGCGUGCCCCGGCCCGCUUCAAAAAGUUUUUAGACAUCCCAUCACUGCACGUGCAGAUGACAGCGUGGACAACGUCAUACUUCCCUCUAAGUCCAAGUAUAUCUUUCUGUGUCCCAUGUUGUCCAAUCACGCCCAGCAUAGCUGGCGUCACCUGGACCGCUCCAGGCCCUGCUGGUCAAAGGAUCAGUGGUGCCUGCUUCACAUCGACGGCAUGAGUCCGGAGCAUGAGGGACCUUACAUGUGCGUGUCAGAGGAGCUGGGCUUCACCAAAGUCCUGGCACGGUACAAUCUCCGGCUGGAGGGCAGGGCGGCGGGCCGGUCGCCGAGCCCACUGGUCUGGGUUUGUCUGGUGGCUGCUCUGAUUACGAGUUUCUCCUGUCAGUCCUGGUAGGCUUCCAGUGAAGGGUGAUGAAUGAUAAUAUUGAAUUAAAGCCGAGCCCUUCUCAGUGUCUGUACUCCUACACUAACUUGGGCUGUAACAAAAAUAAUAAUAAGAUAAAACUUUAUUCUUUUAUAACUAUAAUUAUUUAAGUUAUUUUAACAAAACUAUUUUUGUUGUAUUUUGGUUCUUACAUAGUCAUCUUCAUUAAAAUGUCUCUAAAUUGUGUUAUAUGCAAUUAGCCUUCGCCUUUGAAUGCAUCAUUUCAGCUGAGCCAUUUUCUGUUUGUCAAGUGAAGAAGGUAACGCCUUGAUAUUGUGAAAUACUGCUCAGAUGUAGAGAGGACAAAGUUGAGACUUCCUCUUUUUAAAAAGCUGCUGUGCCUAUUUCUAGUGAGUGAAGUGUCUGGAGCAGUGGUGACCCCUGAGGUGCCUUGCAGGCACCGUGCUGUUGGUCCAGCGGCCGCAUCUUGUGACGCUGGCAGACGUUUGAGCUCACGAUGUUGUUCACUGCUGUUCAAUGUUUCAUAACUUUGCUGCUUUCGAUGGUUUUUCAUGCAGGAGGUAAGCGAUCGCUCAGUGAUUUUCUCUGAUAAAGUAUGAUAAUAAUAAUAAUAAUAAUAAUUGAAUUUAUAGAGCACUUUUCAUUGCUAAUGACUGUCGUUUACAUCUGGGGUUCAUUGUUUUGUGUAAAUGUGUGAAUAAAUGUCACGCUUUUUUUACUGUACAAAAGUA